UGAGCACACUCUGUCAUCAUGAACAGCAGCAGCAGCGGGCCCGGCUGCAUCAGCAGCAGCGGCAGCAGCAGCAGCGGCUGCAGCAGCAACGACAGCACCAUCGGCAGCCUCCACUGGUCAGUCCCGUUGGAUGCCCGGCCCCGGGGGAUCCUCCAGCCCCUCUGGCUGGUCCUGAAAUCCAGGGAAGCCCUGCUGCAGUCUCCCUUCUUCCCCGGGACCUUCUCCUUCGUGACUUACGUGGGCUUCUGCCUGCCUUUCGUCAUCCUGGACUUCCUGAGCUGGAAGGUGCCAGCCUUGAGGAGGUACAAGCUCAACCCCCGGGCCUCUCCCUCUCCGCGCCAGAUGCUGCUCUGCUUGGCUCAGUCCGUCUACCACCACCUGGUCUUCAUCUUCCCCCUGACGGUGGCCCGCUGGUCCUGGAGGCCGGUGGGCUUCCCGGAGGCGGCCCCUCCGCUCCCGGAGGUCCUGACCCAGGUGGUGGGCUGCCUGCUGCUCUUCGACUUCCAGUACUUCCUCUGGCACUGGCUGCACCAUAAGGUGCCUUGGCUCUACCGGACCUUCCACAGAGUCCACCACAAGCACACCUCCGCUUUUGCUCUGGCCACCCAGUAUUCCAGCAUCUGGGAGCUCCUGUCCCUGGGAUUCUUCGCCGCCGUGAACCCCGUGCUCCUCCGGUGCCAUCCUCUCACCGAAAUGACGUUCUUCCUGGUCAACAUCUGGCUCUCCGUGGAGGACCACUCGGGCUACGACUUCCCCUGGUCCACUCACCGGCUGGUGCCCUUCGGCCUGUACGGGGGAGCGCCCCACCACGACGUUCACCACCUGAAGUUCAAGUGCAACUACGCCCCGUACUUCACCCACUGGGACUGGCUGUUUGGGACCCUGGCCUCCCCCCAUCCCAAGGGGACGGGUAAAGUAGAAUGGACUGGAUACCCACCGGGACGGUGCCCACCGCAGAGCGACCGAGAGCGGAGGCGAUGAGACGUCCCGCGUUACUCUGUCAGAUCUGUCAUCGUCGACCGGUGGCUCUGCUCGUCUUCCGACACCUUCCCGAGAAGGGGUUUGAUUGUUACGGGCUUAUAUCCUGUAAAGUAUUUAUGCUGGUUUAUCCGGAAUUUGGAAUCGAAUUCCAAAUUUCUAUACGUGAAAAAUGUUUCUGCUGAGCAGGAAUGAAUUUGACUCUAUCUGUUCUACGUCUUCCUCUGGAUUUUGAAUGUGUAUUUCUGUUCCCCUCACCCGACGUGAUCUAUAUUGUACUUUCCGGGGAGUAUGAUAAUCACCUGGUAUCUUAGUGCUGUGAAUCUAUUAUAACGGAGUAUAAUGUAGCAAGUCCUAGCUAUAAUUCACUUCAAGCUUCUUCCCGCAUUUACGUUAUCUAGUUUCACAGGAAGCCUAUCCCAGAAAUAGACUCUUUCCAGUUAUCCUCUGUGGGAGGGCAAUCUGAUCGGAAAUGCUUAUUGAUCGUUGCCAGUGUGCUGGGUAUCGUCUGGGACGUAAGGUGGUCUGGUCCUACCGAUUUUUACUAUUAAUAAUAAUGUGUUUUAUUGUACUCUCCCAGUUUUAUUGCACUCUCCCAGUAUUGAGCACAGUAAGU